UCGCCUGGUGGGCGUCGGGGGCGGCUAAAGGAAGCGACGCGCUCCGUGGGCGGGCUGAUGAGCCGCCGCAGCGAGCUAAGUGCAGCGGCCCCUCCUUCGCGCGUGACGUGGAGGUCACGUGACAGGUCGGACCGCCUCUGCCGCCGCCGCCGCUUUGUAAGAGGCACAUUGGCAGGUCGCUGAGCGCUGCAGCUUGCGCUUCGUAGUCCUGGGUUCAGCUCUUCUUUCCUCCAGACUCCUUCAUACUGCCCCAGCGCCCACCGUGAGAUUUUCUAUUUUGUGCAUACAUUAUUUUGUAUAUACUGUAUAUGAUGACUUCGGUGAGCAGUGACCGGUCCAGAGGUGCUCGGGAAAAGCCACAGAUUUCAGCGACACAGGCAACACAACUACAGAAACAAGUGGUACAGGCAACAGCUGAACAGAUGCGUCUUGCUCAAGUGAUCUUUGAUAAAAAUGAUUCAGAGUUUGAAGCUAAAGUUAAACAGCUUAUGGAAGUGACAGGAAAAAAUCAGGAUGAAUGCAUAGUGGCUUUGCAUGACUGUAAUGGAGAUGUCAACAAAGCUAUCAAUAUAUUGCUGGAAGGGAAUUCAGACACGACUUCAUGGGAGACUGUAGGAGGGAAGAAGAAGAAUUUUGGAAAAGAAAGUUCAGAAAACAAAGAGAAUAGAGAGAAGAGAAGUGAGAGAGAAGUGAGCCGUGGACGCGGAAGCAACAACCGGAAAGUAAGAGGUGGCAAUCGUGGGAGAGAGUUUAGAGGUGAAGAGAAUGGAAUUGAUUGCAAUCAAGGGGACAAGCCUUCAGACCGUGGCAAGAGAGCUCGUGGUAGAGGUGACCCAGCACUGGAGACUCUGGGAGGGCUCAUGCCAAGGAGUAUUUCUGAGAACUUCUGCUGCCAGUGUCCUUGUCCUCACAGUGAGCCACAGCCACCCCCUGCCUCUGCAAGAGACCCUCCAACAGUAGCAGCGUUUGGACGUGGCAGAGGGAGAGGGGCAGGAAGAUUCUCAACACAAGGCAUGGGGACAUUUAACCCUGCGGACUAUUCAGAUUCUCCAUCUAUAGAUGGGUGUGGGACAAAACCAGUAGGUUGGGAAGCUGCUCAGAAUGGUGCAGAUGAGGGAACUGAACUGGCAUCAAAUGCUCAAAAUGUAGCUCAGAAUCUGCCAAACAAAAAUUCUUUGGGACUCAAAGGGUCCUGGAAGAAUUCUGUGGACGAGUGGACAACGGAAGACUGGACUGAAGAUCUUUCUGAAACAAAGGUCUUCACUUCCUCAUCUGCUCCAGCAGAGCAUCUUGUCACACCUGGGCAAAGUGUUGAUCUGGUAGCCUUGCUCCAGAAGCCUGUUCCUCACAACAGUCAAGCCUCAGAAGUCAACUCCUUUGAAACUUCCCAACAGCAGGGCUUUGGCCAAGCCCUUGUCUUCACAAAUUCUCAGCACAACAGUCAGAUGGCACAAGGGACUGGCAGCUCCACUGCUGUCAAUCCCUAUCCACCUCAGAGUCUGUCAUCCGUCCUUGGUUCAGGAUUUGGAGAGCUCGCACCUUCCAAAAUGGCAAACAUCACCAGCUCCCAGAUUUUGGACCAGUUGGAAGCUCCAAGUUUGGGCCAGUUUACCACCACCCCAAGUUCACAGCAGAAUAAUACAGGUCCUCCCACAACCGCUUCUUCUUGGGACCUCAAGCCCUCAGCAUCCCAGUCCUCAGUCCUUAGUCAUUUUGACUUCAAAUCUCAGCCUGAGCCAUCCCCUGUUCUUAGCCAACUGAGCCAACGACAGCAGCAGCAGACUCAGGCAGUCACUGUUCCUCCUCCUGGGUUGGAGUCCUUUCCUUCCCAGGUGAAACUCCGAGAGUCAGCACCCAGAGACAGCAGUACCUCCACUGUGAACAAACUUCUGCAGCUUCCCAGCAUGACUGUCGAAAACAUCGCCGUGUCUGCUCACCAGCCACAGCCUAAACACAUCAAACUCCCUAAACGGCGAAUACCUCCAGCUUCUAAGAUCCCAGCUUCUGCAGUGGAAAUGCCUGGUUCGGCAGAUGUCACAGGAUUAAAUGUCCAGUUUGGCGCCUUGGAAUUUGGAUCAGAACCGUCUCUCUCUGAAUUUGGAUCAGCUGCAAGCAGUGAAAAUAGUAGCCAGAUUCCCAUUAGCUUGUAUUCGAAAUCUUUAAGUGACUCUUUGAAUACCUCCCUAGCAGUGACCAGUGCAGUGCAGAACUCCACCCACACAACUUCAGUCAUUACCUCCUCCAGUCUGACCAGCUCAUCGCUGAGCUCCACUAGUCCCGUAACAACAUCUUCCUCCUACGACCAGAGUUCUGUGCAUGACAGGAGCGCGUACCAGAGCUCUGUGAGUCCAUCGGAGUCAGCUCCAGGAACCAUCAUGAAUGGACUUGGUGGUAGUCGAAGUCAGCAGACAGUAGACAAUCUGUUUCUUACAGCUCCUUCAUCUGUUCCAGCUCCAAAGACAACAGACCCUCCCUCCGCCCUCCCAUCCGUGGGCUCCCUGCCCAGCACCACCUCUUGCACUCCGCUUCUGCCCUCUGUACCCCAGCACACUGCCGGUCUGCCCUCCUUGUCCCAGCCUGGUGACCUGUCCAGCAGCCCCCUCUCUCAACUUAGCAGCUCUCUCUCCGGCCACCAGAGCAGCCUCUCCUCUGCGCACACGGUGCUCUCCACCAGCACGUCACACACGCAUGCCGGCGUGGAGAGCGCCCCUUCCCUCCAGUCCUCAGCCACCUUCUCAACGGCAGCAACCUGUGCCUCGAGUGCCGCGUCCUCAGGGCUCAGCCUGCCAAGCAGCAUGAACACGGUCAACAGCCUCUGCCUGGGCGGUACCGCUGUGAGUGCCCCCAGCAGCAGUGCCAGGGCCACGCCCUUGGUGACCUCAGGCAAAGCGCCCCCCAGCCUGCCCCAGGGGGCGCCUCCCCUGCUGCACAGCCAGUACCUCGUGGGCCCCGGAGGACUGCUUCCUGCCUACCCGGUUUAUGGCUAUGACGAGCUCCAGAUGCUGCAGUCACGGCUGCCGAUGGAUUACUAUGGGAUUCCUUUCGCUACACCCGCAGCCCUCGCCAGUCGAGAUGGGAGCCUUGCUAAUAAUCCCUAUUCAGGUGAUGUCACAAAGUUUGGCCGAGGAGACUCUGCGUCCCCUGCACCUGCCACCACCCUGGCUCAGCCCCAGCAGAGCCAGUCCCAGGCCCACCACACAGCCCAGCAGCCCUUUCUGAACCCUGCCCUGCCACCUGGCUACAGCUACACUGGCCUCCCCUACUAUACAGGCGUACCCAGUGCCUUCCAGUAUGGGCCCACCGUGUUUGUCCCCCCAGCCUCAGCCAAGCAGCACGGUGUGAGCCUCAGCAGCCCCACCACCCCUUUCCAGCAGGCCAGUGGCUAUGGCCAGCACAGCUACAGCGCAGGUUACGAUGACGUGAGCCAGGGGGCGGCGGCGGGAGACUACACCAAGGGUGGCUAUGGUGGAUCAUCGCAGGCACAGAGCAAGUCUGCAGGUUCUGGGCCUGGCAAAGGAGUGUCGGCGUCUUCGAGCGGCCCCGGCCUCCCUGACGUGACUGGGUCCGUCUACAGCAAGACUCAGACUUUCGACAGGCAGGGAUUUCACGCAGGGACCCCACCACCGUUCAGCCUGCCCUCGGCCUUGGGCUCCCCUGGGCCCCUGGGCCCCGGUUACGCGCCCUCACCGCUCGUGCACGUCCUGCCCGCCCACCAGCAGCCUCACUCACAGCUGCUGCACCACCACCUCCCGCAGGACGCUCAGAGCGGCGCGGGUCAGCGCAGCCAGCCCAGCUCCCUGCAGCCCAAGUCACAAGCCUCCAAACCUGCCUACGGCAACUCUCCAUACUGGACAAACUGAACCCUGAAGAGCUGGGGGGCCAGGGCGGGGCCUGGCCAGGGCGGGGCCUACCCCGGGCAGGAGAGCGCACAGAGCCCGGCACCCUCCCCAGAGUUUCUGAGACGUGUCAGCCGAGCCUCUGUGGGGAG